ACUUGUAUCGACUUCGGGAGAAAGAUGCUUUAACAAGCUGCUCUGCACUAUUAAAUCAUUGGUGUCGUCUGGUUCGGGGUGUGUCAAACAAGGCCUGCUUUCCCUAUUGUUCCUCAUGGAUCUCUUUUACUUGGGUUGAGUAUACUAGACCCAUAUCCUUCUCCGACGUCAAAAGUCUGCCAUUUCUCUUACCUUUCCUAAUUUUCCUUUUUCCCCGAUUCUCUUCUUCUCCUAUUCCUAUUUUACAAAUCCGUAACCCUCGCUUCACCCUAAUUGUCCUUUUCUUUCUCGCCUCAGCCAUGACACGAAAGGUCUCUCCUUAUUACACAUCGGAAAAAUCCCCCCUCUUUCUAUUUCUUUCAUGACUUCUUUUUUACUUGAAUUCAACUGAACCCUAACUCAACCAGCUAGACAAUUCAAAUUCCGAUGACCGUACGAUUAGGGAGGACUUGAGAGUUGAGACCAAGCGGCCAGGGAUUUUGCAACCGAAUGGAGGGACGUAGCUUCUCUAUACUUACUUGCUCCGGGAUACACUCAUGGAUUAUGAUGAUGAUUUCCAAAACCAAAAUCUUCACUUAGCUGGUGAAGGAAAUGAUAAAUUUCCUCCUGUUUUGCGUCCAUAUGAUCUCCCUAGAUUUGAUUUUGAUGACAAUCUUCGUGGGCAUUUAAGAUUUGAUAGUUUAGUUGAAACUGAGGUUUUUCUCAACAUUGAAAGUGGUGAAGAUAAUCAGUGGAUUGACGAAUUUUCACGUGGGAGUACUGGGAUUGCAUUUAGUUCAAGUGCAGCAGAACCUUGUUUGGUUUCUAGGCACAGCAAUGUCUGGUCUGAGGCAGCAUCCUCAGAAUCAGUUGAAAUGCUAUUAAAAUCCUUAGGGCAGGACAAAACUACACUUGCUCAAACUAUUAGUAAGGAUUCAGACGCCUGUGAUGAACUCCGUUGCAUAAUAAAGCAGAUGGACCCGAGUUUGAAUAAAAAAGAUAGUGACCUCUCUAAAGUAGAGGGUGACAUACAACCUGCUAUACAGACAGGUGAGAUUUCCGGAAAAUGUAUAGGAGACCAUCAGUUGGUUGAAGAUGCUUCUCAAACCCAUGAGAGAGAGCCAUCUGUUCACGAGGCAUUAGAAGAUCCAAAUAACAGAAAUUCUGGCAUACCUGUGACUGAGACAGAUGAGUCUAAAAAUGGUAAACAAACUGUUAUUAACGAAAACCGAGCGGAAGCUUCGGUUGAUCGGUCUUUGGAUAAUCAGGGACAGGAAGAUAAAUUUGCUUAUGGGUCAGAAGUUGAUACUGUAAUCCCUUCUGUGCAAAGCACAUGUACGAGUAGUGUUUUGAUAGAUGAUCAAGAUUCCACUCAUUUGAAAAAUGAUAUUGAUAAAAAAGUGGACAGUUUAGAGAGAGAAAAUGUAGUUUAAGUCCUGAACAUCACAUUAGUGGUAGGAACUUAAUUGAUGAUACAAGUGUUACCUCUCAUGUCGGGGUAUAUUCAGCUUUGGACAU